AUGUACCCGAACAUGUUUUUGUACGCAGCUUACUUGAGCGGCUCUACUCCUUUCAUGCCACCCACUUACAACUUUUCCCAACCCGGCGCUUCUCAACCAUCCCAAGAACAAGCCGACCCCGAGGUGGAUACCGUGCCGGAGACGCAACCCGAACCAGAUCGCGAGACAUCCAAACACACAAACUUUCAAACCAGUCCAAAAUUUUGGAACAGGAUUCGUGAGCUUUUUUAUAGUACGUGGGGAAAAGGUGAACAUCGUGACAAAGAAUCCAUCUCUAGCAAAUGGACCGAUACCAACAACAAGUGUCACGCCUUCCAAGAAGUUUAUCAACGAAACUACAAUAAUCGGCCGAGCGGAGAAGGUGACGUCGGUGUUUUAACGAGGGCUAUGGAUGAGUACGAGAAAACGAAAGGCGUUUUCACGUACUAUAAAUGUUGGGAGCUUCUAAGAAAAAGUCCAAAGUGGGCUAGUAUACCGACCAUGACGUCUAGUAGUAGACGUAAAGCUAAACGGUCGAAAAUGUCAUCCUCUGUUGACCCUGAAACACCAACUUCCGAUGCCCGCACUGUCGAUUUAAAUGUUGUUGUGGACGAUGACGAGGAAGUUGAAGAGUUGGCCCGAUCGCCCGGUAGAAGAAAAGAUAAGCGAACCGGGAAAAAACCGGUGGAGUCGUCUUCCGAUAAUCUCGAGUUGAAUAAAGAUUUCGAGGAGAUGAAUCGUCGUCUCCAAGACAUUCGAGACCUCGGCCGCAAGCGUUGGGAGACUAUGAAAGAACGAGUUGCCGAAAACAAAAAGUUUAAUGAGAUGCAAGCGGCAAGGCAAACGGAAAAGGACAUAGAGUUUUUGUCCAAACUGAUCGAUCACCUCCAAGGCGACGCGUUGACCGUUGCGCAAAUGUACCGCCAAAAACUUCGGAAACAAUACGGCCUUUAG